AUUUCUGUCUGCCGUGAAAAACUAAAACGAGCCGUCACCGUUACACUCUUCGUCUCCCCACUUUAACGCACUCUUUUCUUUCUGUUCUUCACACCAAUUUCUCAGAGAUUUUUUUUUUUUUUUUUUGAAUUUCAAAUAUUUCCACUAUCCGACCUGACUUGAUUCUGUUUGGUUGCCGAGAAUGACGGGGAAAGUGAGAAGGAAAAUUUGCAUGGAGGGAAUUCUACUUUGCGCCGCUUUCUAGUGGUGUGCCAGAUAAUCGCGCUAAGUGUUAGCUUUAGUUACACUUCCAUGGUAGUAGUUAGUAAACAAGAUUAUUAAUCUAGCAUCCAGUAUAAAGCUUGGAAGAAGAGAUAAGGAUUGAAGGUCAUAGUUACAGUGAGUGAUAGCUAAAAGAGUUGCAAAUGAAGAAGCUAUUCUUUUUUAAAUCUUCUGCAUCUAGCAAUGGAAACAAUAAAUCAUCUUCUCCACCAUCAACUGGUAAGCAAAAUUGCUGGGAGAAUCCUUCAGAAAGUGGGUUGAAGGAUGGCCAAGUUGACAAUAGUUUCCGAAGCCCCAGGGGCUUGUUUUCCAAAUCUCGGAAGCAAAUAUCAGAUAUCCACAACUCUAGUAAAGGUCCGAGUCUUAGAAGGAGCCGGUCAUUUUCGUCAGCAGCCUUUCUUGGUAUUGAGCCAGGACAAAUUGAUUACCCUUCCCUGAGGGAUCCAAGUAGAUCUCCUAGUACAACAAGUGGUGCUCAUCAUCAACAAUUUGAUCAUUCUUUCCGGUGUCAGGCUUUUACUCCUGAGAGGCAUGCAAGCCAUUGUUAUGAAGUUCCAGAGAGGCCUGAUUCUUCUGGUUCGUCUAGAAAUCACCAUGAUUCAUCAGGAAGCUCUUCCACCUGCUCCAGUAACAUCUCGAGUAAAAUUUUGGAUCGCUACAUUGAUGGAGAGCAGCAGCAGGCAAAAAGUAAACCCAAGAACAAUUCUUCUCAGAUGAAUAAUGGAAAUGGUUGCGGAUGGCGUCCUCCACGAGUUCAGUAUACAUCACCCUCUUCUCCAACGGAUAGUGUAAAAGAUAAAGCAAAAGCUCAUUCUUUUAGAGAAGCUAAAAGUUCGCGUCUUCGUUUCUCAUCCAGAGACUGGGUAGAAAAUGGAUUUGGGCAUGAAUCUCCAAGGAGACUUGCGAAGAAUGUGAUUGAGAGACUUUCCCAAUCUCAUGGUCAUCAGAAAACAAGUCAGAAGGAGUUUGACCAUGAGAUGCCAGUCACUAUUGAGGACAUAUAUGGUGGCUCCUUGAAUGGAUGUUUUCCUUCUAAUUCAGACAUGGCUGCCCAGAGAAGUUAUUCGGUGGAUGAACCUUAUGAGACAGUUGAGAAUUAUAAUGGGGAGCAUUACCCGAGUUCUGGAAAGCAAUUCUAUGGGGAUUAUUCAGACUGUUUGAACGCCAAGGAACCUGAAGAGGACGUUGAUGUUGAAUUACAGAGAAGAGCUAAGGAAGCUGAGGAGAGGGUGAUGGUUCUUUCUGAAGAGCUUGAGCGGGAAAGCUUUUUUCAGGGCAGUGGAUUAAACGUGCCAGCUUUGAUUCAGACUAUUAGAAACCUUAAUGAGGAGAAGGUAAACUUAGCACUUGAGAUUUCGAACCUUCUACGGUUACAAAUUGCCAAGAGGGCUUCUGCCAAGGAAGAAGUUGGAGUGGUGAAGGCAGAACUGCAGUCCCAAAUUCGGAGAUUAGAGAAAGAGAAGAUGGAGUUGCAGUCAGGACUGGAGAGAGAGCUAGAUAGGAGGUCAAGUGAUUGGUCAAUUAAGCUUGAGAAGUAUCAGUUGGAAGAGCAAAGGCUUCGGGAGCGAGUUAGAGAGCUUGCAGAGCAUAAUGUCUCCCUACAAAGGGAAGUCUCUUCUUUUAAUGAGAGGGAAACAGAGAGCAGAAGCAUGAUAACAUAUUCUGAGCAGCAACUGAAGGAGCUGACUGCCAGGGUGGAGAACUUGGGAGAUGAGAAUCAGUGUCUCCUAAAUAAUCUUUCUGAAUUACAAGAAAUGCAUAGAGCAGCUGAAGAAAAUCGUAUUUGCAUCCAAAAGAAUUUUGAAGAGAAAGAGAAGGAGUGCAAGGAGCUGCAUAAAUCAAUCACAAGAUUAGUCAGAACCUGCAGUGAACAACAGAAGACAAUUGAUGGCAUGAGAGAAGGUUUUAGUGAGGAAUUAGGGAAAAAUGAAUCACUGGAGAAGUUUGAUAAGCAUAUGGCUAAAUUGCAGAUGGAGCAAAUGAGGUUAAUCGGAGUGGAAAUGGCCCUAAGGAGGGAGUUGGAAUCUUAUAGGCUUGAAGUUGAUUCUCUUCGUCACGAGAAUAUAAAUCUAUUACAUCGUUUAAAAGGCGAUGGGAAAGAAAGUGAAGCUUUAAAUAUUAAGCUAGACAAGGAAAUGUGGACUCGGGUUUGCUGCUUGCAAAAUCAAGGGUUAUCAAUGUUGAAUGAGAGCUCACAAUUAUGUUCAAAAUUGCUUGAAUUUGUCAAAGGGAAAGCAGGCCAAUGUCCGGAAACUAAGCUGGGCACGGAAGUCAAUAAUCAUGGUUUAGAGGGCUUCUUCCUCGUUGAAUCUGAGAUGAAAGUGCAGGGAUUAAAGCGUGGAAUUGAAAGCCUAAAUAGGAGUUUGCAGACGAUAUCUGCUUUGUUGCAGGACAAGUCAAAUCUGGCUGCUUCAAAAUAUCAGGCUGAGUGCAUGGAUGCUAAAGGCUCAGCAGAACCAAAUCAUCUGACUCCAGAGGAUGUCAUAAGAUAUGAGCUUAAAGCAGAAACUUUAUUAACAAGUCUAUUGAGAGAGAAGCUGUAUUCUAAAGAGCAGGAAGUUGAGAAGUUGCAAGCUGAGCUUGCAACAGCGGUCAGAGGUAAUGACAUCAUCCGGUAUGAACUUCAAAAUGCAAUGGACAGCCUUUCAUGUGUUAAUCACAAGUUGAAGGAUCGUGAACUGCAGAUGCUUAAGAAGGAUGAGAACAUCAAUCAGCUUCAAUCUGACCUUCAAGAAUCUACCAAAGAUUUAGCAGUUGUGAGGGGGAUAUUGCCUAAAAUCUCAGAGGAGAGAGAUUUGAUGUGGAAGGAGGUGAAGCAGUACAAUGAGAAGAACAUGCUGUUAAACUCUGAGGUUAGCAUGUUGAAAAAGAAGAUUGAGGCUCUUGAUGAAGAGUUACUUAUAAAGGAAGGUCAGAUAACAAUCCUAAAAGACACCAUAGGAAACAGACCUUUUGACCUUCUAGGCAGUCCUGAUUCUUCAAGAGAAUUCUUGCUGGAAUAAAUAGCAAAUCAAAGGCUUUGUCAUAGUGUGACUGUGUGAAUAACCAAUGUUCAUAGUCUUAUACUUUUGUUUCUCUGAGUGUUUUCUUUUACUUGUAUCUUUUCCUUUUUCUCAAGUUUAAGUUUCUGAGAGUGAGAAAUGAAAGAAGUAUACCAAAUUCUUUUGUAAACUGACCAGUUUUCAUAGUUGUAGGCACAGCCACCAAGUAAGCCAAUGCCUAGGCUCCUGAUAUGAGGGGCCCCCUUUUUUCUUUUUAAAAUUACAUAAUAUCUCUGGUUUAUAUCAGCCUUCUAACUUAAGAAUCAGCUUUAAAAUUAUUAUUUUGUUUAUUCAUUUCA